GAUCCUCUGUGGCGCUUCAUGAGUGGCGAGUGCGAUUGUCUGGAGGGAGCGAGUGUCAGGGGGAGGUGGAGAUUUAUUUAAGUCAGGACUGGAGGAGAGUUCUCCUGGACUCGUGGAGUCUGUCUGAGGCGUCUGUGCUCUGCAGACAGCUGGGCUGUGGCUCCGUGCUGAACUACUGCUCCUCUCCAUCCACCACUGAACACAAACACAUGUGUGUAACAGGUUUCAGCUGCUCUGGGUGUGAAGAACAUCUGAGGAACUGCAGCAGUGCACAAGCUGAACCUGUCAACUGCAGCUCCGGGGAACAGCUCUACAUCACCUGUUCAGGUAAACGCCCACAAAUGAGCAGCUCCACCAGGCUGGUUGGUUCUGGGGGCGAUUGUGCAGGAAGGCUGGAGGUUUUCCACAGUGGCUCGUGGGGGACUGUGUGUGAUGACUCGUGGGGUAUUGAGGAUGUUCAGGUGGUGUGCAGACAGCUGCAGUGUGGAGAGGCCCUCAGUAACCACAUACCAGACUGGUUUGGUCCUGGAACUGGGUCUAUAUGGCUGAAUGAGGUGGAGUGUGAGGGGAACGAGACGUCCCUGUGGAACUGCAGAUAUCGGCUGUGUGAAGAGGGUGAAUGUGGACACCAUGAGGACGUGGGAGUCGUCUGCUCAGAGUUUAAAGAGAUCCGACUCACGAAGGGCUGUGAGGGGAAUCUGGAAGUGUUCUACAAUGGAACCUGGGGUAAUUUGUGUCACAAUCAGAUGGCUGAUGAGCUAGAAACAGCAAACAUGGUGUGUGGAGAGCUGAACUGUGGAAAACAUGGCAGUCUGUCAAACACUGAAGCACGAGUAAAAUCUGCUCCUAACUGGCUGGAUCAUGUGAAAUGUAGGAAAGACGACUCUAAUCUGUUGCAGUGCAAUGUAAUCCAUCUUAAAUAUAUACAUACACAUAUUUAACUGUGUGGACAAAACAGGAAGCUUUCAAAUGAAGUGUAAGUCGUCCUUCUCUCACCAGAGUUUAAAGAGUUCCGACUCACGAAAUGCCGUGAGGGGAAUCUGGAAGUGUUCUACAAUGGAACCUGGGGUAAUGUUUGUUUUAAUCAGAUGGAUGAUGAGCUAGAAACAGCAAACAUGGUGUGUGGAGAGCUAAACUGUGGAAAACUCGAACACUUGGUCUCAAACAGAGCGAGAGUCGAAUCUGCUCCUAACUGGCUGGAUCAUGUGAAAUGUAAGAAACACGACUUCACUCUGUUGCAGUGUCCAUCUUCACCUUGGGGACAGAACAGAUGUGAUAAUCAUAAUGAAGUGGUUCAUAUUACCUGCACAGAUGAUGGAACGUCUCUACGUUCUCAAGGGACAUGCUCGUCAUUUCCUCUUCAGAAACAUUGC